AGGUAAUACUGAAUAAGGCCAGCUGGUCAAGGAGCCUUUCAGUUCUCAUAAGAGGGACUGCUGAACAAUGCCAGGGAUACAAGUGUCAUGGAUACUCUACCACUGAAUGGUAACCAUGUGAACAGUUACAGCAUUGCAACUGGAGGAUACCUUACUGACUGCGUGAAAAUAAUUGACCGUGGCUUUAACCACAAAGAGACUGCCUUAGAAAAAAAAAUUCUGAAGGAACUUACUUCUAACUACAUACCUUCCUAUAUGAACAAUCAUGAGCAUUCAUGUGAACAAAGUCGAAAUCUGGUGAAUAAGUUGAUAAAUAACAUAAACAACAUAAAAGAGGAUGAAUCAAUUGUCCUUGAUGAUGCCACCUCUUUUAUUAAUGAUGAGAUAUUGGGUAUAGAACUUAUACAUGAGGAGUCUGAUGCCCCACUGUUGCCCUCACGUGUUUACCCUGCUGACAGUCACCAGCCUCUUCACUUUAACAGGAAAAAGAUUCCACCAGAUAACAGUGAAAGUUUUUUCCCCUUGUUAAAUAAUGAGCACACUGAAGCAAUGCAAUCACCAAACAAGGAUUCUCUUUAUACCAGCAUGCCUACAUUAACUGGCAUAGCUGUCACAGGAAGCAUAACCACUAGCACUCAGACUGAUUCUUCGCCAGCCAAAACUAGGGAUUCAGAAGAUUUAUACUACAAAAGCAUGCCAAAUUUGGGCAACCGGAAUAACAUCCAUCAGCUUCACACUUACUACCCUUUAGGACGAGGGAGCAGUGAUGGAUUCAUAGUCUCGCCAAACAGAGAUGAAUCUCCCAUUGAAGAAAACUGCAAAGAACCAGCUCACCUUGUCACAAGUCUAUAGAAUAUAAAAGGGGAAAAAUCAUGUUAACAAACUGUUUUAUGAUUUACUUUAAGAAAUAAUAUUGUGUGUGCUCCUAAAUCUUUAUGCUGUAAGACUUUUUUUAAACUGGCAUUUUUAGUCCUGUGUACAGGAUACCAAUGUAAUGCUCUCAUUUUGUUUCUAUUUUCAUCCCAAAAUAGACUUCAUUAUGUUAAUGAAACAAAGCAUUUGACAGCACUCUUUGUGGCCUUCUUUAAUUAUGCUGUAUAAAGAAACUAGAUAAUGUUUCUAGUUUCAAGAUGAGUUCUAGUUUCUAGAUGACCUCUGACAUAUUCAGGACUGGACAACAUUAAUUUAAAGGGUAAUGGCCUAUAUGAAGUAAACACUGGUGUAUACUGCAUUUAGCAUUCAAACGUACCUAUAAAGUUCAACAGAACACAGUGCCAGGCAAUGCCUUAUUUCUGGGCAAUGCUAUCCAGCUUCUUACUGUUUGAUGCCAUUGAUAU